UAUGAGGCAUAGAGUUAGGUCAGCUGACUUCAUUUUUAUCAUUGGUCUUGUGAUAAGUUGUGAUUCUCCGCCAUUCUCGGUUCGUCUUUUCCAUCUUUCCCGUCCUAGAAAGAAUACAAAUUCAAAAUGGCGUCGAAGGGCGGCUUGAAGACGAUCGCCAAUGAAGAGAAUGAGGAGAAGUUCGGUUACGUAUUCGCCGUGUCCGGUCCCGUCGUGACGGCUGAGAAGAUGUCGGGCUCGGCUAUGUACGAGCUCGUGCGCGUCGGCUACAACGAGCUGGUGGGCGAGAUCAUCCGCCUGGAGGGAGACAUGGCCACCAUCCAGGUAUACGAAGAGACCUCGGGUGUGACCGUCGGCGACCCCGUGCUCCGAACCGGCAAGCCUCUGUCCGUCGAGCUGGGUCCGGGUAUCCUGGGCUCCAUAUUCGACGGCAUCCAGCGCCCGCUGAAGGACAUCAACGAACUGACGCAGUCCAUCUACAUCCCCAAGGGAGUCAACGUGCCCUGCCUGGCCAGGAACCACGACUGGGAGUUCAACCCGCUUAACGUUAAGGUCGGCUCGCACAUCACCGGAGGAGACUUGUACGGUAUCGUGCACGAAAAUACCCUGGUGAAGCACAAGAUGCUGAUGCCGCCCAAGGCUAAAGGAACCAUCACCUACAUCGCGCCCGCCGGCAACUACAACGUCACUGAUGUGGUGCUGGAGACAGAGUUUGACGGCGAAAAGAACUCCUACACCAUGUUGCAAGUGUGGCCCGUGCGCCAGCCCAGACCCUGCACUGAGAAGCUGCCCGCCAACCACCCGCUGCUAACUGGGCAGCGUGUGCUGGACUCACUCUUCCCCUGUGUCCAGGGCGGAACCACCGCCAUCCCCGGCGCCUUCGGUUGCGGCAAGACUGUCAUCUCGCAGGCGCUGUCCAAGUACUCCAACUCUGACGUCAUCGUCUACGUCGGCUGCGGAGAGCGUGGUAACGAGAUGUCUGAGGUACUGCGUGACUUCCCUGAGCUGAGCGUGGAGAUCGACGGCGUGACGGAAUCCAUCAUGAAGCGCACAGCGCUCGUGGCCAACACCUCCAACAUGCCUGUGGCUGCCCGUGAGGCCUCCAUCUACACUGGUAUCACUCUCUCCGAGUACUUCCGCGACAUGGGCUACAACGUGUCCAUGAUGGCGGAUUCGACAUCGCGUUGGGCGGAGGCUCUGCGCGAGAUCUCGGGCCGUCUGGCCGAGAUGCCGGCCGACUCCGGCUACCCGGCCUACCUGGGCGCCCGGCUGGCCUCCUUCUACGAGCGAGCGGGACGCGUCAAGUGUCUCGGAAACCCCGACAGGGAAGGUUCCGUAUCCAUCGUGGGCGCCGUGUCGCCACCUGGAGGAGACUUCUCCGACCCCGUAACGGCGGCGACCCUGGGUAUCGUGCAAGUGUUCUGGGGGUUGGACAAGAAGCUGGCGCAGCGCAAGCACUUCCCGUCCAUCAACUGGCUCAUCUCCUACAGCAAGUACAUGCGCGCGCUCGACGACUUCUACGAGAAGAACUACCCCGACUUCGUGCCGCUCAGGACCAAGGUCAAAGAGAUUCUCCAAGAAGAAGAGGACCUGUCAGAAAUCGUGCAGCUGGUCGGUAAAGCUUCCCUGGCCGAGACCGACAAGAUCACGCUCGAGGUCGCCAAGCUGCUCAAGGACGACUUCCUGCAGCAGAACAGCUACUCAGCCUACGACCGCUUCUGCCCGUUCUACAAGACGGUGGGCAUGCUGAAGAACAUCAUCUCGUUCUACGACAUGUCGCGGCACGCGGUGGAGUCCACGGCGCAGUCCGACAACAAGGUCACCUGGAACGUCAUCCGCGACGCCAUGGGCAACGUGCUCUACCAGCUCUCCUCCAUGAAGUUCAAGGACCCCGUGAAAGACGGCGAGGCUAAGAUCAAGGCAGACUUCGACCAGCUCCUCGAAGACAUGUCGGCCGCCUUCCGCAACCUGGAGGACUAAGCCUCCCUACCCCCCACAAGAAGCGCGGGCCGUAGCACUAACGCCUUUGUAUAUACUCUUCGCCACUUGCCCUUUUGUAGAGGAAUAUAUUACUGUUGAUGUUAACCGCGAAUAUAGGUGGCCUAAAUUGUCUAUGUUUAUGCGAGAGUUUGACACUUUCGUGGUCACAAAAUUUAUCAUCGGGAUUUUUAUCAUGUGUAGACAAAUCGGUCUACUCGCCAUAAGCCAUAGCGGUACCACAAAGUCACUCACUCGAACUUUUGAAAAGUUCUUGGUACUUUUUACAACAGAUCAUGGUAGAAUUUCCGAUCUAAUUGUAUUUUAUGCGAAAGAUUUAUUUAUAGGUCGAUAUAUCGAUAUUACUCGUCCGGCCCGCGCCUCUAGUUAUUGUUACUGUAGACGUAAAGUAUGUUAUGGCAUGUAGAGUGCAUAGGUUACAAUUAUUCGUGUUUCAAUCAGAAUUCGUGAUUCCAUUGUUGAAUUUCAAAUCGUAGAAUAAAUAAAUGUUUUAUGGUAGCUCGUGGGGACCGGUGUACAUAGACAAACAUUUUACGCGUCCCUCGGUUACGUGCAUUAGUUGUUAUUUAUAUUAUUAUUAAAUUACUAUUUAUACACUAACAAUGAAUUAUUUUCGCCCAUGAUUAUCGUGAGUUUUCUGUAUUUGAACCCUCUUGCAUUCCAUUUUUAGUGUUGGAUAACUAAAAGAAAAUCAUCAGCUUGUUUUUAACGCUUCUAUGAUCAGUGGGUUACUUCGGUUCAGUAUUACGGCGCGAAGCCUCGAGUUCAGUGAGAUGUACAAAUGUAUUCUACGCAAUAAAGUAUACACUUGCUGUUUGGAUUUCUGUGACGUUACGUGUUGAGAGGAGACGAGAGUUAUUAUAAAUAAUAAAAUAUAUAUAAAGUGUAA